UCAGAGGAAAGGAAGACGAAGACCAAAUUUCUUCCGUAGUUUUGAGCCUAUAAGUGGCAUAGUCUAAGCCAUUUCAUUUCGCCAUUCCUCUUCCUCUCUUUUUUUUUUCUCUAAAGUUUUCAGCUUUUUUUUUUUUGCUUCCUUUAAAGUCUGAGAUUCCCUGGUCUGUAUCAGACCACAAUUACACAGUUUUUUUCAAAUGGUGCAGCCGAGAAGAAGGCUCUGGAUAUAAUAAACAGUUGGAUGAGAAGAAAUAACAGAGAAACAGGGGAACAUGUCUUGUAAUAAUGCCAUGGCUUUCUUCCCUGCGAGUUUCAUGUUCCAAAACCCUCACGAAAGCGAUCACCAGCCACAACCUCCUCCUCCUCUCGCUCCUCUUCUCCCCUCCUGUAGUCUCCCUCAAGACUUCCAUGGAAUUGCCUCGUUUCUAGGAAAAAGAUCACAGAUGGCGGCAUAUUCAGGGAGCACGAGCAAUUUCGGAGGAUGUUGCGAUGUAGAGGCGGAGAACAUGAACGGAGAAGAAGAGCUGUCGGAUGAUGGGUCGCAGCUGGGAGAGAAGAAGAGGAGACUGAGCGUGGAGCAGGUGAAAACCCUGGAGAAGAGCUUCGAGCUCGGAAACAAGCUCGAACCAGAAAGAAAGCUCGAGCUUGCCAAGACUUUGCAUCUCCAGCCCCGACAGGUCGCGAUCUGGUUCCAGAACAGAAGGGCUCGUUGGAAAACCAAACAGCUCGAGAAAGAUUACGAAGUUCUCAAGCGACAGGCCGAGAAUCUGAAAGCUGAGAACGAAAUCCUUCGAGCCCAGAAUCAAGAAAUGCACUCUCAGUUAGCUGCGCUGAAAAGCAGAGAGCCGACAGAAUCAAUCAACUUGAACAAGGAGACAGAAGGGUCUUGCAGUAACAGAAGCGACAACAGUUCCAACAACAUAAGGUUGGACAUCUCGGCGGCUCCGCCGGAGAUCGAUAGUCCGGGGGCCGCUCCGCCACCUCCGGCUACCGGAAGACACUUCUUCCCGCCGUCUCCAGCCCCGGCGGCGACGGCCACAGCGACCAUGGAGUUCUUCCAGGGCUCGUCGUCAGGACAGAGCAUGGUGAAGGACGAGACAAGCAUCGGCACCAUGUUCUGCAACAUGGACGACCAGUCGGGCUAUUGGCCGUGGAUUGACCAGCCACAGUUCAGCUGAAUCUUAAGUGGGCUUUCGUCUUUUAUCUCGAAGUUUAACCUAACUUCGAGACAAAAUCCCAGCAAUUUUUCAAAACUUGGAAUUUCUAUCUUAAUGUUGUUUGCACUGAAUACCAGCGCGUUGUCGUAAUGAGAUGCAAAAAAAAAAAAAACAAGGGGGAUGUUAGCCGUUUUAUAUUAUAAUAAUCACCGUCAUUAAUAA